UAGAAUUUUCGAGGCAACCCGUACCAAGUGGGAAAUUUUUGCGUGUGUAUUAGUGAAAAUCUUAAGAUUGGUUACUUGUAGAUUUACACAAUGAUUAAUUUCAACAGCUGUUAAAUCUAGACUUAAUAAUGUUUACUAUAUAUAAUCACUGUAAUUUUAUUGCAUUAAAUGCAUAUUUUUGGUACUAUUGAAUAAUUAUAAAUCAUAAUGGAAUUCUUUCGAAACAUGUGCCGAGUUUGUUUAAGGGUGGAAGGUUCAGUAUCACUCAUUAAUUGGAAUCAAUCCGUCCAUAUCGAAGAUUUGAACGAAAGUUUAUCGUAUUCAGAAUGUUUUCAGCACUGCACUCAAUUGAAUUUAAAUAAUGAAAGUCGUGGAAAUGAACAUUCGAUGAGUAUAUAUGAAAAUUUUUGUUUUAGCUGUGCCGAUCAACUAAAAGAAGCUUACUUAUUUAUUACUAAAGCUCGAAAAGCAGACAAAACUUUACGUUUGGAUUACUGUAAAUCAGAUUCCGAUAAUAAUAAGAAAUUUUUUGAAUGGGUUGGGGUUGGUAAAGAAUAUACAAAGGUUGAUCUCAAGAAAAGGGAGACAGAGGAGGAGCAAAUCAGCUUCGGAAGCAAUACACUUUUUGAUGAAAACACAAAUUCGCAAGGCUGUGUUCAAAAUGUGCAUGAGGAAAACUUUCAUGAAUCUGAAGUAUUAAAUUCAUCAAAGUCCAUUUUAUCUAAACAUAUUCAUUCCAAGGCACAUCGUAAGAAAAAAAAUAUAACAAAAUCAGAAAUCGAACAAAAUAAUGAAGAGGUUUGUGGAAUCUGCGGGAAGUCAAUGAUUAAAACGCAGCUCUUACGUCAUUCUUGCAACCGAAGUGUAGAGUCCUUUCUCUGCAAAUCGUGCCCUCGCACCUUCAGACAUCGCAGUACUUUAACACAACAUGAACUUAUACAUGAAAACAACAGGGAGCGAAAGUUUGACUGUGGAGUGUGCGGAAGAAAGUUUUAUACACAAAUGGCACGCAGAAAUCAUUUGAAAACACAUGAUCCCAGUCGGAAACCAAGAUUUCACUGUAGUGAUUGUGGUCAAUCUUUUUUGUUUAAAGGCAAUCUUUUAGUGCAUCAACAAAAACAUGCUGGUCAAACUAUUCAAUGUACAUAUUGCCAGAAACGCUAUGUACGUGCGGUAGAUCUAGAAGUCCACCUACGUAGUCACACAGGCGAUACACCGUUUAAGUGUGAUAAGUGCGAAAAGGCUUUUACAAAAAGGUCCACAUUACGAAAGCAUUUACAAUUACAUGAGGGUAUCCAAUGGAAGUGUGAAGAUUGUGGAAAACAAUAUUUAUAUGAAUGGACGCUUCAAAGGCAUCGUUUAGAACACACUGGCUUGCCGUUAAAAUGUUCAAUUUGUGGAAAGGAAUUUCCUGAAAUGUACAAGAUACGGCGUCAUAUCAAGUGUGUUCACAAAAUAAACUUGUCCGAAUUGGAAAACUUCGUUGUGAGAUUAACGGAUAAAAAGAAACGUGGUAAUUUAUCACCAAAUUCUUUUGACGCGAAAAAAAAUGCUAAAGAUUUCGAUCUGUUGAGGACGUGCAAAAAUACAAAGUAGUAUCUCCUUAUCAAUUCGUGUUGUGGUCCAACGAAGUUUAUGUUAUUUCACUUCCAAUGAUUAAUAAAGUUUCUUAAGCAAGCAAAAACGCGUCUGUCGAAAUUCGGUCAAUACUCUAGAUCGGGGUGACCAAAAGGACAGAAACCGCGGCACUACAAGUCAAUUUCCUUCUGUGAUCAUUGCAAAUGAAACUGCUGUAAUGUUUUUGGAUCCCAAACUCCCUUCACUGAAACCUGUAGUUCAUUGUGCCGUCUGAUCUUACGAAACUUUUAUGUGCAGUGUGCUCGUUAGUAAGAUUAGUGAAACCUUCUAUUGCUAAGUUGUUGUUGUUGUAACGGCUAUCUAUUCCCCGCUUAGGUGGUAAGGUUCUAGUUGAUUGUCGUCGAAGUCAUCUAACGGCAGGGCCAGGAAACGAGCUCUUUCGACGGGGUCUGACCAUAGGAAAAAAGGUGUUAGAUGCCUGUACUUCCUUGGGUAAGCAAAGUUGGUGCAUGCUGAACAUACAUUUGGUCUGUCGGGAUCGAUAAGUAGGAGUUUAGCCUGCUACAGUACCCAGAGCGAAGUUGCGCAAGGGUCACUCUAGUUUCUCGUGGUAAGUCGAGCUCUUCAUCUGCGAUGGGUGGUGGUUUAAGUCCAAGUACACCAUUCACUGAGAGGGAGUCGGUGAAGUUGUAAAUUAUUCCACUGUGAAGUCUGGUCUUUUGUGUCUGAAGUUUGGUCGGCGUAUUGUUCGAAGUCGUCGAAGGAUGACCUAUUGAUGUUCCGAAAAGGUGAUUCCGCUUCAAGCAGACGACUGCAGGGAUGGUUUCUGCGAAAACCUUGGUUAGAAAGUUUACUUCCGUUGAGCCAAGGUGUUUUAGCAUCAGCAUGUUUAUUCCAUCUGGGCCAAUAGAUUUAUGGUAGAUGAUUUUGCCUUGUUGAUGACACUCCGAACCUCCUUAUUUGUGAAACUAAGUGGCGCGCAGUGUGUGUGAACCGAGUGGGCACGGUCAUCGAAUUAGAUUUCAACCCGGUCGUCAUGUCUCCUCGGAUUUGACAAGGCCUUGACGGUAUUCCAAAGCUUACUCACACCGGUGGAGAGCUUCUGCUGGUUUUCCAUGUGCCAAAUCUCCAAAUCCGGAGAGCUAUUACAGGUGCCCAAAAUUCUGAUCUUUGUCAUUUAUUAUGCAGAAUGUCGAAUCGUCUAUCUGUUCCACUAGCCCCAUUCCCCUACAAUCGUUUGACAGGCAGAAGUGCCAAAGAUCGUGGUGCGGGGUCAAGUCGCCAAAUAUCAAACGGUUUUCACCACGAAGUAGCUCACCUAUAUUUGGAUGAUAUCCUGUUAGUAAACAUCACAGCUUUGUGCAGCAUUAAAGCUAGGCCUACACCAUUCUCUUGCUCGCGAUGGAUUACGGUGAAACCAGCACAACUCAGAAAAUCUAAGCGGCUGUUUAACUUGGUUUCUUGGUCCACAAUUAUCGAUACGCAUUCCCGGCUCAUGAAUGCAACUGACUCCUCGAUCUUACUCUGGAGUCCGUUGCAGUUAAAUUUGAUUUGUCUCGGGUGUCUAGGGGUGAGGGAGUGGCGUGUAGGUGGUGGUUGUUGCAACUGUAGAAUCCGCAGGGACGGUUGUCGCACUGUGGUGUUGUUUGGCGACACCAUUGUAGGGGGCUUGCGGGGCAGACUCCUGCAGCACGGGGCAACGUACGACACACCCCACUUACGAGUGGUGCGCAGGCCGGAAUACGGGAAGUGAGACCAGCCAGUACAAGAACUGCACUUGACUAAUGUGACGUUCCGACGUAAGGCGGUCUGACACACGAACAGAUAAAAGUAAAUCUCUAAAAAUCCAUUC